GAAGAAGUAAUUGGAAGUGAACAUGACCAAGAAAAAUUUCCACGAUAGCGUUUUAUUUAGAUAUUAACUGCACAGAACUCAAAAUGACUAAUUUAACUGCACAGCAUCACAUACCUGCUCCGGGUAGUCAUUAAUUCGUGUUGGAGACAGGACUUGGUUGAUAGAUGUUAUCUAGGUAACUAAGCUAUAUAGCGGUUAAUGUUAGCUAACAAUGGCUAACUGUAUGGUUUUUCACACUCAAAUAGCCUCCGUCAUGGAGGUUCUAGCGAAUGCAGCCGUGGCAGAGAUAUGUAAACUCAUAGACGACGACUAUGCAGUGUUUCGUUUGGAAAUUUCUCAAAGCCAGAAAGAAAACGGGGCAUUACGGAGGAAACUACAGCUACUGGAACUGAAGAUGGUACGGGAGCGCGCAGAGAGGACAAGGCGAGAGCGCGUCCUCGCCAGUCCUCCCAAAAGUGUCAAUAUUCUCGACCGAUACAGAGGAUUGGCAAGAGAUGAAGGACAUCUCACUGGAGGCCAUAGGCGCUUUGUGAAGCCAGCGGGACACAACGCGUGGAGAGAUGACCAACCAAUCACUGUUGAUGAGGGGAGUGGAACCUCAACCCAGCACAUUAUUGUGAUGGAGUCUGCAGAUGCAGAGGCAGCAGGUCCUGGGCUCAAGCAGGAGACGUCUGAAGGAGAGGAGGACCAACGGCACAGCAGAGACAUUCAGACUGGAGACCCUACCAUCGCUCCAGCGCCGCCCAGGAUCCAAAGCAGCAUCACGGAGAUCUUCUCUAGAGCAGUGAUGUUUUGGGGCUGUUGCUGGGCAACGCGGACUUUCAACUCCCUUCAAAGAUUUUUUUUUUUUUGGAAGAGAUGUGGUUUCGUGAGGAAUGGGGCUGGGACAGGUCGGGUCACAUUAAGGGAGAAGGAACAGUUUAUUACCCACAUCACUGAACUUCCUGCCUAGUAAUAAAGAUGUCAUAUCUAGAGGAAAGGAGGAGACUUCACCUAAAUUGGGGUAUAUAUAUUUGUGCUGGUGGGAACAUGUUUGUCUGUUCAGCUGUCUGACCCAUUGGGUGAAUAAACUUGGUUUUAGCUUUAAUAAUCAUCUGUGAGUUUUUACUCGGUUCAUUUGGAACAGGCCUGGGCAACUCCAGUCCUCGGCCUGAUUGGUGUCACACUUUUGCCGCAGCUAACACAUGAUAUUCAGUUAAUAAAAAUGCAAUUAGUUUAAAAUCAGGUGUGUUUGCUAGGGGUGGGGGAAAAGUGUGACACCAAUCAGGCCCACGAGGACUGGAAUUGCCCAGGCCUGAUCACGUCUGAUCUCAUGAAUAUGCUCACUUGUAGGGAUGAAAUGGUUACCGUUUCACGAAACUAGUAAAUGGUAAAAUUCCCAACGGUUGGUAUUACCGUUUCAAAUGAUAAUUAUCAUUAAAUCAGUAAAUACUGUCCAGCAUCAACCAAAGUUAGCAACAGUCUGACAUAGGCGCAGCAUGCAACGUGG